GAAGAUGAGAUGAGGGAAUGAUGAUGAUUGUCGAUGGAAUGAGAAAACAGUAGUAGUAAGAACUCAACUCAGUUCCAAGUUCUAGUUUGAAAGGAAAAAAAAAAAGUUUUGUUAUAUAUAUUGAAGAACAAAAAGAAAGAAAGAGAAAAAAAGAGAGAGAGGAAGAUCGAAAGAAAGAAAAGAAAGAAAGACAAAAAAAACCCCGUGAAAAAAGUGUUAUUGUUAUUGUUUUUUUCCCCUGGAACGAAAAACAAAACAAGUAAGUAAUGGACAUGGAGCAUCCAUAUGAUCCGAUGCCCACUCUCACCUAUGGUCCAUCGGUGAAUUAUGGAAAUUCAGUCCAUAAUUACCAAGCGGGUCAUGCUAUGGGAGCCGAUAUACAUAAACGGGAUAAGGAUGCAAUUUAUGGACAUCCAUUGUUCCCACUUCUCGCACUCAUCUUUGAAAAAUGUGAAUUAGCAACUUGUACACCUCGAGAUUCUGGACUGUCCAGUGGAGGUGAUGUGUGUUCAUCCGAAUCAUUCAAUGAGGAUAUUCAGGUAUUCGCUAAGCAAAUACGCUCAGAGAGAUCCUAUUAUGUACCCAAUCCUGAGCUGGACAGUCUAAUGGUCCAAGCGAUUCAAGUGUUACGAUUUCAUUUGUUGGAAUUAGAGAAAGUUCAUGAAUUGUGUGAUAACUUUUGCCAACGUUAUAUCAGCUGUUUAAAGGGUAAAAUGCCCAUUGACCUUGUUAUUGAUGAAAGGGAUACAAAACCUGAUUUAGGGGAUAACAAUAAUAACUCAUCUUCCAAUGGAUCUGGAGGACCGGCAGGAGCUGGUUGUGGUGACCCAGGCGGUGGAGGUGGUGGCGGCGGAGGCCGUGGUGCAACAUCAAACGGAGGUAGAGGAGGUUCAACUGACCCUGGUCAUCAUUCAGAUUCAGCAUCAACACCUGAUCAGGUAAAGAAAAGACCUCCUUCUCAGUCAUUGAACUCCUAUGGUGGACCUGGAGCCCAUGAUGAUGUCCGUUCACCCACCGGGUCAACCGGAACCCCUGGACCUUUAUCACAACAGCCCAGUUCCCAACAGAGUACCGAUAACAACAGUGAAGCAGGAGAUUACUUACUUCCAGGAGCUUUUUUAGGUGAUGCUUCUGUCGGUAGUGGGGAUGGAACCGGCGAGGAUGAUGAUGAGGAACGAAAUAAGAAAAGACAAAAGAAACGAGGAAUUUUUCCCAAAGUUGCAACUAAUAUAAUGAGAGCUUGGCUAUUUCAACAUUUAACGCAUCCAUAUCCAUCCGAAGACCAAAAGAAGCAAUUGGCUCAAGACACGGGUCUAACCAUACUUCAAGUAAAUAAUUGGUUUAUCAAUGCUAGAAGACGUAUUGUCCAACCAAUGAUUGAUCAAUCUAAUAGAGCCGAUUUGGGAGGUGGUAUUCCUGGUGCUGGUCCUGGUUAUAAUCCAGACGGAACCAUGAGAUAUAUGAUGGAUGGUUCCCAGCAAUUUACACCACCAGGCCACCCACAUCCCGCCAUGAUGAUGGGCCAUGGACCUAUGGGACACCCUGGACUACCUCCUCAAAGCUCACCUUAUGAUGGAAGCUCAGGUCAACACUUUAUGGACAUUCAUGCCAGUUAAUCGUAAACAAAAUGUCGUGUAAAUCAAUCACUUCCCUUCUCUCUCUCUCUCUCUCUCUCUCUUCUCUAUUUCUUCUCACCCACCACCACCUCCAGAAAACACUCCCACUUCAAUUUCUUCUCCCUCUUUCUCAUGAUAGAAAAGCUUAUUCGGUGGGUGGAUAGAAAAAAGGAAGAAAAUUCUGGUUCUACCUUGAUUAUCUCUCCAUCUUCCAUCUCUCCCUAACUCUAUCUUCUCAUCAUUCUCUCUCUCUCUCUCUUCUUCGGCAAUCAAAUAAUAUUACAAUUUAUUGUAUCACAAUCUUUUCUCUAUCUUCCUCAUCUUCCUCUCUCUUUCCCUCUCUCGCUCUCUCUAUUAUAUUAUAUUAAAUGAAAACACAAUUUGAUUCACAAUUUAUUGUAACAACAAACAAGCAAAUCAACAACAAAACAAACAAUUAAACCAACAAUUUAAACUCUCUCGUUUAAACACAACAACAAAUUAUUAAUAAAAAUAACUCUCAUUUAAAACUAA